AUGUUGUCUUCAGGGUUUGGUGCUGACAGAGAGCCACGGCUGUGCUAUGAUGACACGUGCGUUGUGCCAGACAGACUGGAAGGUAAAGUGAAGCAGGAGGGCUUGCCGUACCAGCGGCGCGGCUCCCUGCAGCUCUGGCAGUUCCUGCUCACGCUGCUGGACCACCAUGCCAACGGGCACCUGAUCGUCUGGACGGGCCGCAACAUGGAGUUUAAGCUCAUCGACCCUGAGGAGGUGGCUCGGCUCUGGGGGCUCCAGAAGAACCGGCCGGCUAUGAACUACGACAAGCUGAGGAAGCAGCUGUUUGUAAAAGAGAAGUGUAAAUGCUUCCAGCACCUGGCUCUGGACUCUAAUGCUACUGAUCAGCAGGGCUGGAAUGGAACUAAGUAA